AUGAAAUUCCCAAGAUGCGAUGCCGGCGUUGCUGUUCUCGACAACCUGCUUUACGUUGUUGGCGGCAGGAAUAGCAAGCACUAUAUGAAUAGCAUUGAGAGGUACUAG